GUUCUUCACCUCAUUAUUGUGGAUUUGUUUAAGAAAAUUUAGGUUUUAUGAUUGCAUUUUUUCUUAGACCCAAGUGAUUUGUGAAAUUGAAUUGGAUACAGUCAGGUUUCUCUCUAUCCAAAAAUAUUAUCUUUUUGACAUUUUGUUCCCACUUGUUUGUUUGUUUUUUUCGUUGCUUAAGUUCUGAUUCGGACCAUUGUUCAUGUUGCUACGAUUCUUCUAGUAGUGCUUAGUGUGGGGGAAUGAGUUUGUUAGUUGGGCUGUGUAAUUUGGUGAAGAUGCUUUCUGUUUGUCCACAAGGAAAAAAAAAACAAUGGACUUAUGUUUCUUAAAUCUUUUUUACAAGUACUUCAAAAAAACUAUGAUUUUUUUUAUUUAUUUGGCCUAGAUUCUGAUUCUUCACGUUCACGUUACUAUACUCUGCAUUGGUUUGUAUUUCUGUCUAUUCAGAUUGUUCUCUGCGAAUAAACCUUUUUAUUGAUGCAAAGUAGUUUUUUAUAUAUAUAUAUGUCCUCCUCUCUUUUUACUUCUUCACAUUGUCGAUCUUCCCUGUGUCUGCCAGAACCUUCCCCUACUACUGGUUCUUUGGUCAAGCCCCGGCCAGUGCAUGUGAACUCAAGUUCUUAUACAGGAAGGACAUUCCAUCAGAAUACCUUCACCGAGUACAAGUCUACUGAAUUUGAAUUCAGACCUCCUGCAUCCAACAUGGUUUAUGCAGAGCUUGACAAGCAUAGAAGUGAGCCACCAGUACAGGGCCAUGGAUCCUCCUCACACUCACCUUCUUCCAUCAGUGAGGCUGCUGCAGCUUCCUCAACCAACCUAAGCCGGGCAGCUCCUCCUGUUCAGUCGCCACCAACCGGAUCUGAUCAGGAUGAAACAGUCCAGACAUCUCAAAAUGACUCCAGAGGAAGCACGCCACCAGUCUUGGCCGAUGAUGGUUACAACUGGAGAAAGUAUGGUCAAAAGCAUGUCAAAGGGAGUGAGUUUCCGAGAAGCUAUUAUAAAUGUACACAUCCUAAUUGUGAAGCGAAGAAACUAUUUGAAAGGUCUCAUGAUGGGAAGAUCACUGAUAUUAUUUACAAGGGCACACAUGACCAUCCUAAACCUCAACCUGGUCGCCGAAACUCUGCUGCACAAGAAGAAAGGGUAGAGAAGGGCGUCUACAACUUGUCUCAAGCCAUUGAACAAACUGGUAAUAACAACCCUGAAGUACCUCUGACAACUGAAGAUGGUGGAGAAGUUAAAGAUGACCUGGAGGAGGAGGAUCCAUUUACAAAACGGAGGAGGUUGGAUGGGAGCAUGGAGAUAACAACUCCACUUGUGAAACCUAUCCGGGAGCCUCGUGUUGUUGUUCAGACUCUGAGUGAGGUCGACAUACUUGAUGAUGGUUAUAGGUGGCGUAAGUAUGGUCAGAAAGUCGUCAGAGGAAACCCCAAUCCCAGGAGCUAUUACAAGUGCACGGCUCCUGGAUGCCCAGUGAGAAAACACGUGGAGAGGGCAUCACAUGAUCCAAAAGCUGUAAUAACAACAUACGAAGGCAAACACAAUCACGACGUUCCCACUUCAAAGUCUACCAACCACCAUGACAUCCAGCCUCGGUUCAGACCAGAUGAAACAACAGACACCAUCAGCCUCAAUCUCGGUGUAGGAAUCUCCUCUGGUGGACCUGACCACACUUCCAGCGAACGUAAUCAACAACUCAUCAACCAAACUCACCCAAAUGGAGUCGGUUUCAGGUUUGUUCAUGCUGCUCCCGUGUCAUAUUACCACGUAAGCUUAAACAGCGGAAUCUAUCAGUAUGGCUCGAGAGAAACACAGAACGAGACUCGAAAUGGUGAUGUCUCGUCCUUGAACCAUUCAUCUUACCAGUAUUCACAUAACAUUGGGAGAAUACAAUCGGGUCCUUAGAAAGAUACAUGAAGCAAACAGUAUUGGAUUCUUCUUAGGUUAGUAAUGAGACCUUGUUCUAUAUAGUUUCUCUUUCUAUACGGAGAGCUGAUCUUGAUUUUUAAACUAUAUAUAUAUAUAUAUUUGUAUGUGUUGUGCUCCCAAAAAAUGUAUUGUACAAAUACACAAGAGGGUAAUGCUUUUUUGUUAAACAUGUAAGAAACAUCAAUAUGUUAGAAUCACCUAAUUUAUAUCAAGUACAAGUUCUACAGUAAA